UCAAACCCAUUCAUCCUCUUCUUCUUCCAAACAUCUCCCUCAUCAAUCGAUCUCUUCAUUUCCCAUGAGGAGUUCGAGUGGCGACCCCCCCUCUUGGGGUCGUAUUUGGCCGCAAAUGGCAGUGGCUUUGGCAGCCAUAGUUGUCAUGCUUUCGAGCAAUGUAGGUUCAGUUCAAGCGGAUGAACCUUACCUUUACUCUUCACCCCCACCUCCUUACGUCUACAGCUCGCCGCCACCACCCGCUCACUCUCCUCCACCUCCUUACGUCUACAAGUCACCGCCUCCACCAUCGCCUUCACCACCUCCUCCAUAUGUCUACAAAUCUCCGCCCCCACCAUCGCCUUCACCACCUCCUCCAUAUGUCUAUAAGUCGCCGCCUCCCCCAUCGCCUUCUCCCCCACCACCGUACGUGUACAAGUCACCGCCUCCACCUUCACCUUCACCACCACCACCGUAUGUGUACAAGUCUCCUCCACCACCCUCACCUAAAUUGCCUCCUUAUGAGUACAAGUCACCACCACCUCCAUCACCCUCUCCUCCACCACCGUACGUGUACAAAUCACCACCUCCACCAUCACCUUCUCCACCACCACCAUAUGUCUACAAGUCUCCUCCUCCUCCAGUACACUCUCCACCACCACCAUACUACUACAAAUCUCCCCCACCUCCGGUGCAUUCUCCUCCACCACCAUACUACUACAAAUCUCCUCCCCCUCCGGUUCAUUCUCCACCACCACCUUACUACUACAAGUCUCCCCCACCUCCAGUACAUUCUCCACCACCACCUUACUACUAUAAGUCUCCUCCUCCACCUUUUCCCUCACCACCACCACCAUACUACUACAAGUCUCCUCCUCCACCUUCCCCAGCUCCUCAUGUACCUUACUACUAUAAGUCUCCUCCUCCACCUUCUCCCUCACCACCACCACCAUACUACUACAAGUCUCCUCCUCCACCUUCCCCAGCUCCUCAUGUACCUUACUACUACAAGUCUCCUCCACCACCUUCCCCAGCUCCUCAUGUACCUUACUACUACAAAUCUCCUCCUCCACCUUCUCCGGCUCCUCAUGUACCAUACUACUACAAAUCCCCACCACCACCUUCCCCGGCUCCUCAUGUACCAUACUACUACAAGUCCCCUCCACCACCAUCACCAACACCUUACGUGUACAAGUCUCCACCACCACCGUCGCCAAAGCCUUACUACUACCAAUCUCCUCCACCACCGGCUCCAUACUACCCUCACCCACACCCACACCACCAUCCAUUGAUCGUCAAGGUCGUCGGAAAGGUCUACUGCUACAAAUGCUACAAUUGGGGAUAUCCAAUCAAGUCCCACAACAAGAAACAUCUCAAAGAUGCUGUUGUUGAGAUCACAUGCUGGGCAGGCAAGAAGGAGAUCAAGGCUUAUGGUAAAACUAAGAACAAUGGUAAAUUCAGCAUCGCAGUCCCAGAAUUCAACUACGGUAAAUAUGGCGCCAAGGCAUGUACCGCAAAGCUCCACGUGGCACCCAAGGGUUCACCAUGCAGCAUUCCGACACCGCUCAACUGGGGCAACAAGGGUGCCAAGCUGAAGGUCAAGUCGAAGAACAAGGUCUUGGUUGUGCUCAAGGCCAAGCCAUUUGCUUUUGCUUCUAAGACUCCUUACAAGGAGUGUGUUAAGAACGCGCCGCACCAUCCUUCUCCUGCUCCUUACGUCUAUAAGUCGCCGCCACCACCAUCUGCGACUUACGUCUACAAGUCGCCGCCUCCACCGUCUCCGACUUACGUCUACAAGUCUCCUCCUCCACCAACUCCAGCUUACGUCUACAAGUCGCCGCCUCCACCAACUCCAGUUUACGUCUACAAGUCUCCUCCUCCACCAUCGCCUGAGUACGUUUACAAGUCACCGCCACCACCGGCUUACUACUACAAGUCUCCACCACCACCAUCUCCCAAGCCCUACGUGUACAAGUCACCACCACCACCAUCACCGAAGCCAUACGUCUACAAGUCUCCUCCACCACCUUCUCCCAAGCCGUAUGUUUACAAAUCUCCACCACCACCGGCUUACGUCUACAAGUCUCCACCACCACCGGCUUACAUCUACAAGUCACCACCGCCACCCGCUUACGUCUAUAAGUCACCACCCCCACCGGCUUAUGUAUACAAGUCUCCUCCACCACCAUCACCGAAGCCAUACGUCUACAAGUCACCACCGCCACCGGCUUACGUCUACAAGUCACCACCACCACCGGCUUACGUAUACAAGUCUCCUCCACCACCAUCACCGAAGCCAUACGUGUACAAGUCCCCACCACCUUAUGUCUACAAAUCACCACCACCACCUGCUUACGUAUACAAGUCUCCUCCACCACCAUCACCGAAGCCAUAUGUGUACAAGUCACCACCACCACUGGCUUACGUCUACAAGUCACCACCACCACCGGCUUACGUCUACAACUCACCACCACCACCAGCUUACGUCUACAACUCACCACCACCACCAGCUUACGUCUACAACUCACCACCGCCACCACAUUCUCACCCUCACCCACCCUAUGUUUACAAGUCACCACCACCGCCUUCACCAUCUCCUCCUCCUCCAUACUACUACAAGUCACCGCCACCACCUUCACCAUCUCCUCCUCCUCCAUACUACUACAAAUCUCCACCACCACCCUCACCUUCUCCCCCACCUCCAUACUAUUACAAAUCUCCCCCUCCACCAUCACCAUCUCCCCCACCACCAUACGUCUACAAGUCUCCACCUCCUCCACACAAGGAACCAAAGCCUACACCUCCCUACCAUUACAAAUCACCACCACCACCAUCGCCAUCUCCUCCUCCACCGUACCACUACAACUCCCCACCACCACCUUCCCCAUCUCCUCCACCACCAUACCACUACUCCUCCCCUCCACCACCCUCUCCAUCUCCUCCCCCACCAUACCAAUACAAGUCUCCACCUCCUCCACACAAGGAACCAAAGCCAACACCUCCCUACCAUUACAAAUCUCCACCACCACCAUCGCCAUCUCCUCCUCCACCAUACCACUACAACUCCCCACCUCCACCUUCUCCAUCUCCUCCCCCACCAUACGCUUACAAGUCUCCACCACCUCCUUCACCCUCUCCUCCUCCUCCAUAUGUCUACAAGUCACCCCCACCUCCAGUGAAGUCUCCACCACCACCGGUGUACAUUUACGCCUCUCCCCCACCUCCCACUCACUACUAAGCUCAAACACGUGCAUAGACCAAUCAUGUUUUAAUUUAAGCAGAAGAAUAAAGGAAGGCUCCAUGAGCCGAAGGCUGAGACACCAAGCUUCCAAUCAAAGUCCAUUGUUGCUAAGGGUGAUCAACAAGUGUCUGGCAGAAAGAACCAGCAACCUCAUGUUGCAUAUGCUCUUACUAUACUCAUCAUUCAAAUUGGGAAUUCAAAGCAAGAUUGAUCAUGAUCUUGGAAGGAACUAAUAAUUUAGCUUGGUCGUCACAGUGUCGUCAUUUUUCCAUUUCUAAAUUAAAUUUGAUUCUAUAGGGUAGCAGUUACAAGGCCUUUUUAUUCAAUUGUAUGAUUGGCUUCUAUUUAUUGUGAGGUUACAUGUUUCUUUAAGAAGGCACCGAGUUAUUUAUCAAUAAAAAUGAUGAAUUACUUUCA